AGCGUGCCCGCAUGGAGCGCGAGCCGUGCGCCGCCUCGGAGGCCGUCCCCGCCGCGCCCGCGCUCUUCGCUUGGGGUGCAAAUAGCUAUGGCCAACUUGGCCUUGGCCAUAAGGAAGAUGUGCUUUUGCCCCAGCAACUGAAUGACUUCUGUAAACCUGAGUGUGUCAGGAGGAUCACAGGAGGAGGGGGCCACUCUGCAAUUGUCACAGAUGGAGGAGGCCUUUUUGUUUGUGGCCUGAACAAAGAUGGGCAGUUGGGACUUGGUCACACAGAGGAUGUUCUGUAUUUUACCCUCUGCAAAUCCCUUCUUGGAUGUCCUAUCCAACAGGUGGCCUGUGGCUGGGACUUUACUAUUAUACUCACAGAAAAUGGUCAAGUUCUAUCAUGUGGAUCCAAUUCCUUUGGCCAGUUAGGAGUCCCUCAUGGGCCUCGAAGAUGUGUGGUUCCCCAGGCCAUAGAGCUCCUGAGGGAAAAGGUUGUUUGUGUUGCUGCUGGACUGAGGCAUGCGUUAGCUGCUACAGUGAGUGGCAUCGUGUUCCAGUGGGGGACUGGUUUGGCAUCAUCUGGACGACGGUCAUCCCUCAGGCAGACUCUCCCAUUAUUUUUGACAGCAAAGGAACCAAGCAGAGUUACAGGCCUAGAGAAUUCUAAAGCAAUAUGUGUUCUUGCUGGCUCAGACCACUCAGCUUCAUUAACAGAUGCAGGAGAGCUGUAUGUUUGGGGAAGUAACAAGCAUGGGCAACUGGCUGCUCAGGCUGCUUUUCUUCCUGUGCCCCAGAAAAUAGAAGCACAUUGCUUUCAGAAUGAGAAGGUCACUGCCAUCUGGAGUGGGUGGACACACCUGGUUGCUCAGACAGAAACUGGCAAGGUGUUCACCUGGGGCCGAGCAGACUAUGGUCAACUAGGGAGGAAAUUGGAGUUUCAUGAUAGCUGGAAACUAGAAAAACAAGAUUCAUCCUUCCCUUGCUCGAGACCACAGAACAGCCCACCUUCAUCUCUGCAUUGCCUUACAGGAGCAACUGAGGUUUCUUGUGGCUCAGAGCAUAAUUUGGCAGUAAUUGGUGGGGUGUGUCACUCCUGGGGCUGGAACGAGCAUGGCAUGUGUGGGGAUGGCACCGAAGCCAACGUCUGGGCCCCGAAGCCUGUGCAGCUUCUGCAGUCAGCAUCAGGACUCCUUGUGGGAUGUGGCGCUGGCCACUCCCUGGCCCUCUGUCAGCUGCCAGCAUAUCUUGCACUGGGCCAAGAUCCCAAGGUCACCUACUCUCCCCUGGAUGCCACGGAGGACACCAAAUCUCAGGAAGGCAUGGACAAGGAGAAACUGGAAGGAAAGACAAUUAGAAACUUCAGCCCAAAGCCAUUCUGACAAUCCCAGGAGUGAAGGGCUGUGAUAGACAACCUAAUAAAGUGGCUUUUUUUCUCCAAAA